AUUCCGACUGAGAUCCGAGCCUGGGAGUGGUGGAGUCAAGGGUGAACGCCCGGAGGGACGAUGUUCUACUAUCCCAACGUGCUUCAGCGCCACACUGGCUGCUUUGCCACCAUCUGGCUGGCAGCGACGCGCGGCAGCCGGUUGGUGAAGCGCGAAUACUUGAAGGUGAACGUGGUGAAGACCUGCGAGGAAAUCAUCGAUUAUGUGCUGGUUCGAGUGCAACCCCCGCUGCCCGGCCUGCCGCGGCCCCGCUUCUCCCUCUAUCUCUCAGCCCAGCUCCAGAUCGGCGUGGUCCGGGUCUACUUUCAACAAUGCCAGUACCUCGUGGAGGACAUCCAGCACAUCCUGGAGCGCCUACAUCGGGCCCAGCUGCAGAUCCGCAUUGAUAUGGUGGAGCCUGAGCUACCCAGCCUGCUGCUUCCUAACCGCCUAGCCAUGAUGGAGACCCUGGAAGAUGCUCCAGACCCCUUUUUUGGGAUGAUGUCUGUGGAUCCCAGACUUCCCAGUCCUUUUGAUAUCCCUCAGAUUCGACACCUCUUAGAGGCUGCAUCCCCAGAGAGAGUUCUUGAGGAGAUCCCUCCUGAAGUUCCUACAGAGCCCAGAGAGCCAGAGAGGAUUCCGGUCACUGUGGUGUCUCCUGAGGCCAUCACCAUCCUGGAGGCAGAACCCAUACGCAUUCUGCCGAUCGAGGGUGAACUGGAGCUCCCAGAGAUCAGCCGCCGAGACUUGGAGCUGCUGAUUGCGGAGGAAGAAGAAGCUAUCUUGUUAGAGGAAGGCAGGCCUCCCCGGCCUCCUAGGGUCCGCCCAGAGCUAGGUCAGAGCCCUCUCUUAUUGGGACUCGGCAGCCCAUUUCUUCUCUUCUGCUCUCUGAGCACUGAUCCUGUCUCUGCAGAGGUCAAGGAGGAGCCCCGGGCCCCAGAAGUUGCCAUCGCAGUCCCCCCAGUCUCACCUCCAGCUCCUGUACAGGUGGAAGGGAUAGGAGAGCUACUUCCAGAAGAGGUCCUACGUCCUGAGGAGCUGAAGCUGAUAGCCUGGGAGCCUGAGGUCCUAGUGGCCGAGGUGACUCCCCCGCCAGAGCUGCGUCUGCCAGCCCCACCCAGCCCAGAGCUGAGGCCCCUAGUCCCCCCACCUCCUGAAAGGCCACCAGCUCGUCGCCGCCGCCAAUUGUUGUUCUGGGAUGAGGAAACUCAGAUCUCUCGGGAGAAAUUCCAGGAACAACUGCAAACCAGAGCCCACUGCCGGGAGUGUCCAAUGGUGCAGCCUCCUGAGAGGACAAUCGUGAGCCCCGCGGAGUUGUUCCGAACCCCAACUCACACUGGCCGGCUACCCCUAGAACUACUGGCUUUCUGGACACGUGGUGCCCUGCCACCUCCAAGCAUGCUCAGGCAAAGGCUGCUCCAGGAGGCUGAAGAGGCUGAGAGGGCGGCAGCUGCUGAGGAGGAGAGGAGAAAGGCUGAAACUCCGAGUGAGAUCGAGGUCCUGAGGGAGGCCCUGGAGCCCAGUGGUCCCCUCCUGGUGUCUUCAGAGAUCUCCCUAGAAGCAGCUGAAGAGGAGAAGACCCGUAUCAGCCUCAUCCCACCAGAAGAACGGUGGGCCUGGGCUGAGGCGGAGCAGCUAGAGGCCCCACCAUUGCCCGUGGUGCCUGAACUCCCUGAGGUGCCCAUGGAGAUGCCUUUGGAGCUACCCCUAGAGCCUGAGCUGCUCUCACUAGAGGCUGUGCACAGGGCAGUGGCCCUGGAGCUGCGGGCCAACAGGGAGCCUGACUUCAGCAGUCUGGUGCCACCUCUCAGCCCACGCAGGAUGGCUGCCCGGGUCUUCUACCUGCUCCUGGUGCUCUCAGCACAGCAGAUCCUUCGCGUGGAACAAGAGAAACCGUAUGGGCGCCUCCUGAUCCGGCCAGGGCCCAGAUUCCACCAAGAUUAGAGCCCAUUAUAAAGCUGCCAGGAAACUGGUUACAUUAAACCAUGUUCUGCCUCAC